ACAACUCCCAGAAGCCCCCAGCGUCCGGGCACCGAGCUGGACCGUUACUCUGCCGGCAGCAGCAAGGGGCGAUGUCCCUAGGCACCUGCCGACCCGCUGUCUCGCGCCGCUGUCCCAUCUCGCUGCAUGUCCGUCCCAGAAGACGAGGACUCGUCAUCGCCGCUCGCGCAGCGAUGGCCCCGGGCGAGCAAGUUCUUGCUGUCAGGCUGCGCGGCUACCGUGGCCGAGCUAGCAACCUUUCCCCUCGAUCUCACAAAAACUCGACUCCAAAUGCAAGGAGAAGCCGCUCUGGCACGGUUGGGAGACAGUUCGAGAGAACCUGCCCCCUAUAGGGGCAUGAUGCGCACAGCCCUAGGAAUCAUCCAGGAGGAAGGCUUUCUAAAGCUUUGGCAAGGAGUGACACCCGCCAUUUACAGACACGUAGUGUACUCUGGAGGUCGGAUGGUCACUUACGAACAUCUCCGAGAAGUUGUGUUUGGCAAAAACGAAGAUGAGCAUUAUCCCCUUUGGAAAUCAGUCAUUGGAGGGAUGAUGGCUGGUGUUAUUGGCCAAUUUUUAGCCAACCCAACUGACCUAGUGAAGGUUCAGAUGCAAAUGGAAGGAAAAAGGAAACUUGAAGGGAAACCCCUGAGAUUUCGUGGUGUGCACCAUGCAUUUGCAAAAAUCUUAGCGGAAGGAGGAAUACGUGGGCUGUGGGCCGGCUGGAUACCCAACAUACAGAGAGCGGCGCUGGUAAACAUGGGAGAUUUAACCACUUAUGACACAGUGAAGCACUACUUGGUUUUGAAUAUGUCACUUGAGGACAAUAUCAUGACUCAUGGUUUGUCCAGUUUAUGUUCUGGACUGGUAGCUUCUAUUUUGGGAACACCGGCUGAUGUCAUCAAAAGCCGAAUAAUGAACCAACCACGAGAUAAACAAGGAAGGGGACUUUUGUACAAAUCGUCGACCGACUGCUUGGUUCAGGCUGUUCAGGGCGAAGGGUUCAUGAGUCUGUACAAAGGCUUUUUACCAUCUUGGCUGCGAAUGACCCCUUGGUCAUUGGUGUUCUGGCUUACUUAUGAAAAAAUCAGAGAGCUGAGUGGAGUCAGUCCAUUUUAAGCCCUUACAGAUACAGUGCUCAGUAUUAUUGAAUGUGGGCAUCUGCAACACACACCCCCUAUUAUUUCUACCUCUUUAGGAAGACACUUUACUCCACUGAGACUGUGAUUUAUAGGGGGCAGCACUUUUUUCUUCCUCUGGAAACCCAAGUUCUUUUUGACUCCUCUUUUUGUCUAAAAGUGAUCUAGUCCGAUCUCACAAGACCACCCAGUGAAACCCGGCACAGUAUUUAUAAAGAAGAAGAGAACGCUGGCCACUUUCACCUUGGCAGGAAGGCCUGGCCUCUGACACUACCCUGUGCGAAGAGCUUGCUGGGAAGAGAAGUAGCGGGCGGCACCGGCCUCUCAGAUCUGAGCGGACUGUGGAAUGUACAAGAAUGUAUACAUAUAUGCACACCUGUGCUUCAGAAGUCCACUCAGACUACUAUGUUGGCAUUUAUAGCUGAAGGUCAAGGACUUAUUGUUCUAUUGUUGAAGUAUACAUGGUAUAAACAACUGGGAGGCAAAUGAAAGUUCAUGAAUAAACAUUUUGAGUUUCCCUAGUGGAGGACAAAUGAAGUCAAGUUGAGAUGAUGUUUGUAUUUCAAGGAGAGACAAGGUUGUGGUCACUAGUGUUGUAUUAAGUGGUCUGCACACUUGCCAGUAGUGACUCCCUGAUAGCCACUGACUUGGGGCUAGUCAGUGGCAGUUCCCUUUACAACUCAGAAUUGUCACCAGCUCACAGGUCUCCCGAUCCAUAAGAACUGCAACUGGUGAUCAGAGCUCAGCCUCGCAGGUCCUCUUGCAAAGGACCUUUUAUGGCCAGUGGACUUUUAUUGGUCUUUCAAAAACAAGACAGAAGCCCACUAGCUCUGUGGGUCCUUUCUUAGACCCUCCCUAACACUAAUGACUCUAGGAGAGAGCAAGAACUCAAAACAUCACCCCACCCCUGAAUCGCAGUCUGAUAGUGUCCUACUGAGAUAUGAUCAGCUGUCCGUACACAGUCAUGCUCCAACCUUCAAAUUCAAUCUCUUAUUUUAGAAAGGUAAUAGAUUUUUUCCAGAUUCACCAGCUCACCCAAAUCUUUAACAGCGGUAUUCUGGAUGGGUGAUGUCAGAUAAGGGUAGAGGCUGAAACUGUUAAAAUAGGAAAACUCCGAAGAGCAGGCCCAAGAAAGACUGUGGCACUAAUGAAAUGGAAUUCCCAAUGUACAGGGUCAAUGAUGGACAGAAAGGGAUCUACAAGUGCAAUGUGGUGGCACCAAUGUACAAUCACUGCCAUUUUCCAGGGGGGAGUACACUUUAAAAAUGUAUUCUAAUGUGCUGUGCUAAUAUGCAGUAGGUUAACCUUUUUCUAGUUGCAGAAUGUAGAGUUUAAUCUCUUCAAAGCUUUGAAUUGUCCUACUUUCCCAUUGUGUUUGUCAAUCUGUAAUUAAGUUGUCAAGUAUAUUUAAUAUGUCUAUUGUGUGCUUAAAUUCCCAAGUGUUCUGCACUGAGCUGCCUUGGGGAAACUUUGUUUUUUUUAUGUUUUGUAAUUUUUAAAUGUAUGUAAAAACGUCAUCAAAAUAAUUAUAUGCAAACUGAACCAUGAAAA